AUCUCGACUUGGACCACCACCUCCUUCAUCACCCACCAUCCCACGACGGCCUGAUACCCGGGCACGAUCCGAUCCGAACGACGACCAGAGCCAGAGUCCCUGAUCAUCAUGGUCAAGCUCACCGUGAAGACGCUGCAGCAGAAGGUGUUCACGAUUGAGGCGGAGGGCACGGAGACGGUCGGCGAUCUGAAGAAGAAGAUCCAGGCGGAGCAAGGGCACGAUGCCGCUACCCAAAAGCUCAUCUUCUCCGGCAAAGUCCUUCCCGACGAGAAGGUGGUGGAGACGCUCAACAUUAAGGACAAGGAUUUCCUCGUCUUGAUGGUGGCGAAGCCCAAACCCACACCCGUCACACCCGCCGCAGGCUCAUCAAGCACACCCGCCGCCGUACCCGCCGCCGCGCCCGCUCAGCCAGCGCCCGCACCGGCAGCGCCCGCACCGGCAGCGCCCGCACCGGCGCCGGCAGCCCCGUCACCAGCGCCUGCCGCGGAGGCCGCUGCCCCUGCUGCCCCCGCCGCAGCGCUGCCGGCGUUCGGCGACAUGUCCUCCUUCGUCACGGGCGACGCGCUGCAGCAGAGCAUCAACGGCAUGAUCGAGAUGGGCUUCGAGCGCGAGCAGGUCAUGCGCGCACUCCGCGCCAGCUUCAACAACCCCGAUCGCGCCGUCGAGUACCUCUUCAACGGCAUCCCCGCGCACCUCGAGCAAGCGGCCGCAGGAAACGUGCCCCCGCCUGCAGCACCGGCAACAGCAGGCGGCGAGGCCGCUCCUGCAGCAGCCCCCGCCCCCGCCCCCGCAGCCCCCGCGCCUGCGGCCGCCCCGCAACCUGCCCCGGCGUCGAACGCGCCCCAGAACCUCUUCCAGCUCGCACAGCAGCAGCAGCAACAACAACACCAGCACCACCACGGCCCUGGCGCCGGCCUCGCCGGCCUGGGCGGCGCGGGGGGCCCCGGCGGCGCGUCGGUGCAGCAGCUGCGGGAGCUGGUGGCGCAGAACCCGGCGCUGCUCCAGGGCUUGAUCCAGCAGCUGGCGGAGAACAACCCGGAGCUCGCGAACCAGCUCGCGAACAACCCGGAGAUGCUGCUCCAGGUGCUCGCCGCCGCGGGCGCGGAGGGGCUCGGCGACGACGACGAGGGCCCGUUGCCGCCCGGGGCGCAGGUCGUGCAGCUCACGCAGGAGGAGAUGCAGUCCGUGCAGAGGCUCGAGCAAUUGGGAUUCUCGAGGCAGGCGGUGUUGGAGGCCUACCUCGCGUGCGACAAGAACGAGGAGCUGGCGGCGAAUUACCUGUUCGAGAACGGCGGGUUCGACGGUUGAGUGUGGCUUUGUCCUGAGAGUGUCGUGUGGCGUGUCUGGCUGCGGGACAGUUGCCUCUUUGGGUGCCGUGGGGGGGAAGGCUCGAAGGAGACGGUUAUUGUUGGCUGCCUGCGCCGAUGCAUAUGGCUAUCCUGUGCGCUUGUCUCUCUCUCUCUUGUGUCGAUAAGUAAUGGAAGUACGAGCUGUCGUAAAGAUGUGUAAAAAGCUGGUAUGCGUGUGGUCACUGCAAUGCUUAAUGAG